AUGCAAAAGGGCUUUCUUCAGAAUCUAAUAGCACAAGACCUGCGCUGCUUCUCUCCGCUGCUGGGGCCCAAGGCAGCAGCAGCCUUGGGGCCCCUGGGGCCCCCAGGGGUUGGGGGCCCCCUUACUCGGUUGCAGGUGAAGCAAACAGAGAAGCAGCAGCAGCAAGCGUCAGACAGCCAGAUAGAUUUUCCUCUGCCUCCCAGGGCCUUUAACCUCUGCAGCAGCAGCAGCAGCAGCAACAGCAGCAGCAGCAGCAGAGUGCAGCAGCUCAGGCUCUGGAGAAGACCUGCAAUCGCCACAGCAUUUUUAAAUGCUAAGGGAAGGGUGCUUGCAGAUGCUCUGAUUAUUUGGAGGUAUGCUGCUGCUGCUGCUGCUGCUGCUGCUGCUGCUGCUCUAUACGACACUACUACUGCUGCUGCUGCUGUAUACGCUGCUGGUGGUGCUGCUGCUGCAGCAGCUGCUGCUGCUGGUUGCGUUGAUGCUACGGUUGCUGCUGACAUCGCUCUUGCUGAGACUCGAGUAAAGGGGCCCCCCGUUUCCUUUUGGACUGCUGCAGCAGCAGCAGCAGCUGCUGCUGCUGCUGCUGCAGCAGCUGCUGCUGCUGCUGUAGGUGUUUCUGAAGCUGGAAUUGCUGGUGCUGAUGGCUGUUUGCUUGUGCUGCAGCGUCAUGCUGUUGGAGGAGAUGUCUCUCUAUCAAAGGAGACAGGUCUUACAGCUCUUCAGUUGCUGCCGUCUCCUCAGGUGUCUCUGCUGCUGCAGCAGCGGGGGGCAGGAUGGGGGCCCCAAGCACUGAGGCGCCCGCAGCAUGAGGGGCCCCCGGAGACGCUGCUGCAGCAAACCUAUGAUUUUGCAUGCUAUCCUAAGGAAGGCAACGCUCUUUUUCGUUAUGUGGAGGCCCCUACAACAACAGCAGCAGCAGAUGCAGCAGCAGCAAUCGUACACCCUAGAGACGCAGACACAGACCCAGCAGCACCAGCAGCAGCAGCAUCACGAGCAGCAGCAGCAGCAGCAGCAGCAGCAGCAGCACCUGCUGCUGAGGGAGAACAAGCAGCAGGUAGAUGGACAGAGGGUCUUAUUGCUGCUGACCCCCGCACCUGGCGCCUGGGGCACCGGGUGUACGUACACCCCAACUUUAGGGGCCCCCAGGGGCCCCCAGCCUCCCCUCCUCUACCCUUAGCGCACGACGCUAAGAAGACAGACAGAUCUUCAGCAGCAGCAGCAGAUGCAGCAGCAGCAGCAGAUGCAGCAGCAGCACCGACACAGGGAGCAGCAGAAGGCGCAGCAGCACCGUCAGCAGCAUCAGAAAAGAUGCAACAGCAGCAGGAGCAGCAGGAGAAGGAGACUAAACAGGAGGAGGAAGAGCAUUUGCAUGCACGUGGGUACGAGGUGUACAGACACCUUGUAGGUGUAUGUGAGGGCCCAAGUGAAGUGGGUGUAGGAUCCUUUUUGCCUUUGUCUCUUAAUAUGGAUUGGCUGGGGCUGUUAUCAUUAGACAACAAAGGGUGUUAUAUAGGGCAGGAGACGACUACAAGAAUGCUGCAUCAGCUGUCUGCAUAUAGAAGACUAGGUCUCCUUCUUAGGGGCCCCCCCUGGCCAAUGGAGGCCCCCGCAAGGGUGCAACCCUCUUCUUUAUACUCUCUUCCUUCUCUUGAUAGCUCUCUCCCUGCUCGUGUUGUUAGUUGGUGGUUGGAGGCUUUAACAGCAGCAGCAGCAAGAGCUUCAUUUACUUUAGGUGUCCCUGCUGCUGCUGGGUUGUCUCCUCAAGCUGCAGAGACAGAGGGGGAGACGGGGGGCCCCAAACAGAUGGAGGGGGCCCCUGGGGCCCCUAAUGAACAAACUAUAGGCCCAGGGUCUCGGGUGUAUAGACAAGAGCACCCGGGGACAUCUACAGCAGAGCCCUCGUGGAGAGAGGAGAUGGCGAAGUUUGCUGUGUCUCUUGCAGGGACCCCCGUGAGGGUCUCUUCUUCCAAGACGCCUGGGGGGGGCCCCCAGGGGCCCCUUGGGGCCCCAGGGGCCCCUAGGGGGGGCCCCCAAGAACCCCCUGGGGCCCCGGGGGCCCCUGGGGGCCCCUCUACUACCCCUCAGGUUGGUGGUGAUGUGUUUAUGAUUGUGCCUCCACCAUAUGUCCUUGACCUUGUGCUUCGGCGAGCGGCAGCGGCAGCAGCAGCAGCAGCAGCAGCAAGGGCUGCUGUUGCUCCCACCGCUGCGCACUACACAAGUGACAGCUACAGCGAGAGCUACUGCAACAGCAGCAGCACCUGCAAAAUAAGGCUUGCGUGCCCCACCCCUUCAGCAGCAGCAGCAGCAACAGCAGCAGCAGCAACAGCAGCAGCAGCAGCAGAAUUUACCACAGCUGUCUGUACACCGCGGCGCCAAAUGAAGCAGCAAAAGAAAGCUGCACUUUUCCCUGAAUAUUUAGAGGAUGAGUUGCUGCAGCAGCAAGAAGAGCAGCAGCAGCAGCAGCAGCAGAAUGUCGCUGCACUGUCGUGCGGCACAUCGUACAGGCCGGAUGAGGUGCUGCAGCAGCUGGGUUUAUCUAGGGAUCUGCUGCAGCAGCAGCAGAAGCUACUGCAGCAGCAGAAGCCUCAGCUGCUGCUGGAGCUUGAAGCAGAAGCAGCAGCAAAAGAAGCAGUAAGAAUACAAGAAGCAGAACUUGUUAGAGGAGAGGUAAAUCUAGAGAGAGACGAGAGGGAGCACCGUCGGCAGUUUAAGCUGCAGCAGCAGCAGCAGCAGCAGCUAGAGCAGCAGCAGCAGACGCAUGAUGGUGAAGCAACGUACAGAAUCUAUAAGGACAAGCGCAGACGGCAGCGACAGCAGCAAACGCAGCAGCAGCAACUCGUGCUGCCUGCAGCAGCAGCAGCAGCAAGCCCCUAUUCCAGCCGCCGCCGCCGCAGCAGCAGCAGCAAUAGCUCCGAUGACAGUGUUGUCAUCAUCGACCCUCCCUCGCCCAGCAGCAGCAGCAGUAGCAGCAGCAGCAGCAGCAGCAGCAGCUGCGCCGUCAGCAGCAGCAGUAGCAGCGCCAUCAGCAGCAUCAGCAGCAGCAGCAGGUGGCCGCAUGCUGCUGCUGCUGCUCGAGGUGGGCCUUAUAUAUCUCCCGAUGUUCUUCGUAAGUUAGAGGAAGGCUCUGAGAAGCCCCAAACUAUUUGGAGCACAAAACGCAUGCAAACAGCAGCAACUGCUGCUGAGGGGCUUCUGCUGCACUCUAAACAUAGACAGAGAAGCGAGAGAGGCGCCGGCUCCACCAAGCAGCAACAGGCAGAUGCCAGCAGCAGCAGCAGCAGCAGCAGCAGCAGUGCAGCAGCAGCGGAUACUGGAGCUGCAACGUCCUUCCCUGUGGAGAGGCGGAGGAGGAGGAAAGCAACAGCAGCUGCAGCAGCAGCUGCUGCUGCAGCAGCUAUUGCUGCUGGGGGAGGGGGGCCCCUGCAGCACGAGCAUCAAUUUGCUGUCGAUAUCGAUGGGCUUGAGAAGCCGCUGCUGUUUUCUGCUGCUGCACAUGACCCGACAGCAGCGGCAGCAGCAAGCGGGAGCAGCAGCAGCAGCAGCGACGGCGAAGACACAGGCGUAGCAACAAAAGAAAGAGAAGAGAAAAGAAAUAUCCAGCAGCAGCAAGAAGAACUCUUGCUGCUGCAGCAGCAAGACAAACUGCUGCUGCUGUGUAGACAAAAGCCUCGAGACUUGGAUCUGUGGGUGCAGCUGGUGGCGCUUCAGCAGCAGCUGCUGCAGCAGCAGCAGCAGCUGCUGCUGUCAGAGGUGACCUCAGAACAGGUGCUGCUGCGGCAGCAGGACGUCCUUGACGUGGCAUGCGGCCGCGAGACAAAUGCAGCAGCAGCAGCAACAGCAGCAGCAUCACCAGCCUCAGCAGCAGCAGCAGCAGAGCCGUCUCUGGUUGUACUGAGGCGGCUGCUGCUGCUGCAGCAAACAGGGGCCCCUUUAGCAGCGCCUGCGUGGCGUAGCACGGCGGCCUUAGUGGGGAAGCUGAUGGCCUCGCUGAACUCCAGCAGCAGCAGCAGCAGCAGCAGCAGCAGCAGCAGCGACGCCAGCACCCAAACUGCACUGAGACUUGCUCGGUGUCUCUGCAGCGCUGCUGCUGUCUCCCCACAGCAAUCAGAGAUAUCUAUGCGGCAGCUGUUUAACGAUUUGCUGCAUGCAGCAACUGAAACCAUCUCGCCUGCAGCAGCAGCAGCAGCAGCACCCGCAGCAGCAGCAGCAGCAACAACAACAGCAGCAAGCAACUACAGGACGUGUCUCUCGUUGCUGCAUCAAGUUCUCUUUGAUUUCUUUCUUCCUCUCGAAGCGAAGGCGGGCCGCGUUGCUGUUGCUGCUGCUGCAGCUCAGGCUGUCGUUCACCUGGCGCUGCUGCAUGCCCAACAGCAGCAGCAGCAGCAGCAACAGCAGAAAAGGCUUUCCCCAUUGGAGCAGUUAAAGCAAAUAUGGAUGGGCAUGAGCAGCAAUUGCUGCAGACGUGCGGGGGAGAUCGGCUGCCGACUGCAGCAGCAGCAGCAGCAGCAGCAGCAGGUAGGCACCAGCCCGGCUACGACGGUGUACGUACAGCUCUGCGAAACUGUUGAUAGCAGCGUUGUGGCUUCGCGGGGAGCUCAAAAGGACCUGCAGCAGCUGCUGCUGCAGUGCCACGCAGGAUGCGCAGCAGCUGAGAGUCUUGGCAGCAGCAGCAGCAGCAGCAGCAGCAGAGCCUCUGAUGAAGUGGGGGGCUUUGCCGCCUACUGUGCUGCAGACUUCGGGGCCUCCCAGUUCGGCUGGAGAGCUGCUGCUGGAGGCCCUGUGGGGUCGGAGGCAGCAGCAGCAGCAGCAGCGUCUACAGAAGCAGCAGCAGCUGCCGAGGCUGCUGCUGCUGGCAAGAUAGCAGCGGAAGCAGCCAUUGUAGCAGCAGCGGAUGCAGCCAAAGUAGGAGAAGCUGCAGCAGCAGCAAGUGCAGCAGCAGAAGCAGCAGCAGCUGGUCCUUCGUUUGCUGCUAUGGACGCAAUGCGGCGUGCUGCAGAGGCAGCAGCUGCAGCAGCACAGGCAGCAACGAAGAGCGCUGUGGAGGCAAGGAAUGCAGCAGCAGCAGCAGCAGCAGCAGACCUCAGGCUUCCCUCUCCUUACUGCGUCGCUGGAGACCGUAUGCAGCAAGCGAAGCAGUGGCAAGUGCUGCAGCCUUUACUUUCUGCUGCUGACAGCGUUUUAUCUGCUGCUGCUGCGGGUAUGUGCUGCUGCAGCAGAACGAAGGCCCUCGGCAGCAGCAGCAAUACCAGCAGCAGCAGCAGCGCCUACGGCAUGCCGCCCACUCCAAGUGAAGCGGCACCGAGAACAAUGCAUGCAACAGCAGCAGCAGCAGCAGCAUAUGGGCUUGUCCUUGGGGUCCUUGACAGUCUCUGCUCCCCCACACUGCACAGGCUUCCUUCGCAUCAUCCGCGCAUGCUGCGAGGAGACACUGCAGCAGCAGCAGCAGCAGAUGCAGCAAGGCUCAGGUAUCUUGUGCUUCAGUUGCGGCAGCAACAGCAGAUGCAGCAGCUCGAGCAGCAGCAACAGCAGCAGCAGCAUACUGCCUUUUCAUCCGAAGCCGUGUGGACAGGUAGCAACAACAGCAACAGCAGCAGCAGCACCUGCUGCAACAGCAGCAGCAGGAGCAACAACAGUAACAACGGUGCUGUCCCCUUUUCCUUCUUCUGGCCUGUCUCUUCUUUGCUGUCUUCUGAUGAGGCCCCGAUGCUGCAGCAGCAGACACGAGCAGCAACGCAGUGGCUGUUAGCCCAGCGGCGGCUGCGGCGAGCGGUGCUGCGUUGCCAGCAGCAGCAGCCGCAGCAGCACCAGCAACAGCAGCAGCAGGAGCAACAGCAGCAAUCCGAAUCCGAGUUGUCUUUUGCUGCACUCCUUGGAGACGCCACUACACCGCAGGCCUUAGCGGCCCUAAUCUGCUCUCAGGCCCUUCUGGCAUUCCCCGAUGACCGUUUGCUGCUGUAUUGCGCCCUGUGUCUCUGCCCGUCUUCUAAGAUCUUCCGGCUGGUGCUUAAGCGAAACGAAGCAGAGCCGGCCUUGUGGCUCACCUUUGCUUCGUCCCUCUUCCUCCAAGCAGCAGCAGCAGACACAUCUGGCUCGAGCAGCAACAGCAGCAACAGCAACAACAGCAACAGCAACAGCAGCAGCAACACUGGGAAGAAGAAGAGCUCCCCACAGGCCCUGCUGCUGCAGGGAAGAAAGGUGCUGCUGACUUGCUGCAGCGCCUUUGCAGCUCAUGCGCCGCUGGCGGCCUCCUGGGCCUUCCUUGAGCUGACGACUGCUGCUGCUGCAGAGGCUGCUGCUGCAGAGGUUGCUGCAGCGGAUGCUGCUGCUGCCAAAGCUGCUGCAGCAGACGGUGCUGCUGCUGCUGCAGCAGAUGCGCGUACGCAAUGCAUGCAGGAAGGACAACAGCAGCAAACAGCUGGGGCUCUACCGCCGCUGUUUUGCUUCGGCUGGCCCUGGGCAUGUUGGAUGGGGGGCAUCGGGGGCGUGCCUCCUCAGCAGCAGCAGCAGCAGCAGCAGCAGCAGCCGCGGGUGGGAGUUCUGCUGCCCUUUGAGGGAUGGGGAGUUGCAGCAGCAGCGAUGCAUGUGGCUGUGUGUUCUGCUGAUCGCUCCUUUGCUUCCUUGAACCCAGCCUCUCCUGGUGUGCUGCAGAAGCAGCAGCAACAACAACAAGAGCAGCAGCAGCAGCAGCAGGAAGUGGCGGGCUCUAUGGAAGCAGAGGGGGAGACAGAGACAGGCUCCUUCCCGUUUGCUCGGUCUCAUGUUGCUGCUUGCUGCGCCGUGCUGCUGCAGCGCGCACGGAUUGCUGCUGCUGGUGCUGCUGCAGUUGCUGCUGCAAACGCCAGUGCCUUCCCGCUGCUGACGUCUUCUCCCUGGGCUAACCUCUUCUUAGCGCUGCUGCUGCAUGCUGCCGUGUCUCCUUCGGUUGCUGCUAUUUGGGGCUUGUUUGAGCAACACCGUGCUGCUGUUGCUGCUGCUAGUGCUGCUAGUGCUGCAGCAGCAGCUGGCGGUAACUCCUGUUGCUCCGCCUGCUGCGGGUGCUCCUCCGAGGCAGCUUCAGGCAGCAGCAGCAGCAGCAAGAGCAACAGCAGCAGCAACAUGGAGAACAGCAGCAGCAGCAGCAGCAGCAAUGCAGCAAAUCCACUUGACCGCUGCGGGCUCUGCAGCAGCAGCGAGGCAGCAAGGUGUGAGGAGCUGGCCUUGUCGUUUAUAUUGGUUUUGCUGCUGUCUGUAAGCGUCCCCGGAGCAGCAGCAGGAGCAGCAGCAGGAGCAGCAGCAACAGGAGGAGGAGCAGCAGCUGCAGCAAGUGCUUGUGGGGCUGCUGCUGCUGAAGAAGACGAAGCAAAACUGCUACAGGCUGUGGAGUUCAUGCUGCGGCGCUUCCCCUCCAAUCCCUUCUUUCUUGCGGUGUACACGCAGCUACUGUUGCGUCCUGGAGCAACGGGACGGCGAGCUGUGCGGGAGCUGUACAAGGAGUUGCUGCUAGGCCCCAGUAGCCCAGCAGCAGCAGCAGCUGCUGCAGCAGCAGCAGCAGCAGCAAGCCGGCCUAAGCCUCUUUGCUGGUGGCCCUCUGCGGCGACGCUGGAGAGCGCGUUUAUGUCUGAAUGGAUGAUUGCUUUUAAAACAGCAAAGGCUGUGCCUCAGUGGCGACUGGAAAGGCUUGCUCAGUGGGCCAGCAGACACACGGCCCUUCCCUUCGCGCUGCUGCAGCGGCUGCCAGGUGCUGCAGAGGGAAUGCCUUGCGGCACUGCAGUGCUGCAGCGGGAGCAGCACAUUUGGGUGUAUCUACAGGCGUUGCUCCUCAACCUCAGCAGCAGCAAGAACAGCAGCAGCAGCAGCAGCAGCAGCAGCAGCAGAAGUGUUGUUUCCCCGCAUGCAACUAAAGAUGCUUUAGCGCUGCGGUGUAUGGACGGCACAGUUAUCGCGAGCCUUUGCGAGGGCUUGUGGGCCCCACAGGCGCAGCAGCAGCAACAAUGUCAACUAGACAAUAACCAGCAGCAGCAGCAGCAGCGGCAGCAGCAGCAGGGAGAGGGGCCACGGCAGGAAGCCGGGCUCAUGGAAGAGAGGCUGCUGCAGGCAGCUUGUGAGUGUCCCUUUUCUAAGAG